AUGUCCUCUUCGUUGAGAAGUGACCUUGAUCUAUUUGAGUACACGUCGGGACGCUUUUUAUUCAACGAAGAGAUCCGCCGCGCCGAACGCCGUGUUCAAUUCGACGUGGAUGCCCUUGCAAGGGCUACCUGCCACUCUGUCGGCCGCCACCUGAAGGCCGUGGCCUCGAUCACGAAAUUGGCCGAGGGGGGCUUCAACCGCGUCUUACAAAUCACCUUCGAUGAUGGAUAUGCAGUCCUGGCAAGGUUGCCGUAUAAGACGACCGUUCCAAAGCACUAUGCAGUGGCCAGUGAAGCGGCCACCCUCGCCCUUUUGCGUGCUCAUGGCGUCCCGGUCCCCAAAGUCCUUGCCUACUCCCCAGAUCAGACAAACGCCGUGGGAGCCGAGUACAUUCUUUUGGAAAGACUUGAAGGAACACCCCUGAGCAACCAGUGGUUCUCCAUGGACACCAAAACUCGGGUCAAAAUUAUGCGACAGAUUGUGGAUGUGGAGAGACGGUUCAUGAGCAUCCGUUUUCCAGCAAGCGGAAGUCUCUAUCACCGCCGUGAUCUUGCAAGCUCCCGACGCGUUAUCCCCGUCUCGGACGACAUUGUCGUGGGUCCAACCGCACAACAUGAAUGGUGGUAUCAGGAACGGGCUUCUCUGGACGUCGACCGCGGUCCCUGGACUACGUUCUCCUCAUGCUUUGAAGCACCUGCUAAGCGCGAGAUGGAGUUUUGUGUGAACUUUGGCAAACCACGACUACACGUCGAAAGAUACCUGCGUGAGGUACACCAGUACCAAUCCCUCUCACCCAUUCCGUACCAGCAUCUCCUUGCCGAUUACUUGAAGCUAGCGCCUGGUCUCGAUGUUCCCUCCGACCACCGCAUGUCUCGCCCGAUCCUCCGGCAUCCGGACUUCUCGCCCAACAACAUCCUGGUGAAUCCUUCCCACGAGGUGGUCGGAAUCAUCGACUGGCAGCAUGCAGUCAUUCUGCCCCUCUGCCUGUGCGCUGGCAUCCCCAACCAUUUCCAAAAUUGGGGCGAUCCCGUGUCGGAGACGUUAUCGAAGCCAGAGGUCAAACUGCCUGAUGAUUUUGAUCAAUUCAGCCAGGAAGAACAGGCGACGGUUCGGGAAACGAUGCGGAGACAGAUUGUGCACUUUUACUAUGCGGCGUUGACCAUGAAAUCCUUGCCGGACCACUUUGACGCCAUCCGAUCUGACAGCUGUAUGCUCCGCGCGAAGCUUUUUCAUCAUGCACAGGCUCCCUGGGAGGGAGACUCCGUCUCGUUGAAGUAUGCGAUGGUGCAGGUCCUCAGGACAUGGCCGAUGUCGCUGGAUGAAGGGGCACCGACGGGUUUGAUGGAGUGUCCGGUGCGCUUUUCGGGGGAAGAGCUACAGAAAUGCGUGGAGGACCAUCGCCAGGAACAGGAGUUCCUGCAGGAGCUGGGAGAGAUGAGGGACCUCAUCGGGACCGAUGCCCUGGGCUGGGUUCCGGACGAGGAUGAGUUUGAACGGAGCAAGGCGGUAAUCCAGAGCAUCAAGAAUGGUUUGAUGGAACAUUCAAGCACCGAGAUGGAGAAAUCAGCAAUCGCUCAUCAUUUCCCUUUCGAUGACCAUGACGAGAAUCCAUGA